UCUUGCCGGUUGGUGGCGGUACUGCGCCUUUAACGUGGUUUGCCGUAAGCGACAUUAAAAAUAACAAAGGAAGAAGAAGAGCGAUUUGUUUUUGUCACGUGACCGGAAGAACGUGUUGGACGUUCGGCGCUGUCCGGAAGUGUUUUUAGCGAUGCAGCCACCCCAAACCUACGAAGUUAGUAAACACGACAGCCUCCUCUUUAUUGUGAGCGCAGCGGCUGUUUCGCAUGAUAACGAACACGGCUGUCGCCAUUAGAGUCCGAGUCACCGCCGACUGUCUGUGUUUUUAGGUUGACAGCUCCGUCGCAUGCUAGUGGAAGCUAAGUGGCUAGCUAACUAGGACCGCCACCUUGCGCUGCCCUCACUACGACCACGGCGAGUGUUGAGCCCUGUGAGCGCUCUUCGUUAACUUUCACUUUAUUUUCUCACUGCCCUUGUUUAGCUAACGCGUGGUGGAUAGUUGCCACGGGGACUUACGGUGGACAGUCCACGCUUUGCCGCUCAUGUGUCGCCGACUCUCUCUCUGUAGUCUGUCCUCCUGAGUGGCUUUGACAAGACGAGACAUAACCGCCUUCUGCCAGGGGCAUUAGGCUGGCACCGACAUGGAUUCAAAGCUGGGUCGAUAAGACGGCUGUCGUCUUUGGCGUUUUCUCCCAAAACGCAGAGUUGCUCCCGUCUCCAGGAUGUUGGAGGGCCUCGUCGCUUGGGUGCUGAACACAUACCUGGGAAAAUAUGUCAGUAACCUGAACACAGAUCAGCUCUCCAUUGCCCUUCUUAAAGGGGCAGUGGAGCUGGAGAACCUCCCUCUGAGGAAAGAUGCCCUCCGUGAGUUUGAUCUUCCAUUCGAAGUCAAAGCAGGCUUCAUUGGAAAGAUCACUCUUCAGAUCCCUUUCUACCGGCCCCACAGUGACCCGUGGGUCAUCUCCAUGUCCCAGCUCAACCUGAUCAUUGGCCCCGCCGAGCAGCAGGAGUACGAUGGGGAGAAGGAGAGGGAGGAGGAGAGGGAGCGCAAAAGACGCCUCCUCAAGGCUCUGGAAGACAAGUUCAAAAGUGAGUGUGAACAGAGAGGAGAGUCUUACUGGUAUUCUGUUACUGCCUCUGUGGUCACCAGGAUCGUUGAAAAUAUUGAGCUGAAGAUCCAAGAUGUGCAUCUUCGAUUUGAGGACGACUUCUGCAACCCAGACAAACCCUUUUCCUUCGGCGUCUGCAUCAACAACGUGUCGGCUCAGAACCCGUCCAAAGAGCCGGUCCAGAAGCAGUUCAGACAGAAGCAGCUGGAGAUCAAAGACUUCAGUGUCUACUGGGACACGGAGUGUAAAAUGUUGGGGAAGCUGCCUGCAAAUCAGAUCCAGGAAGCAAUGACCGAGUGCAUGCAAAGCCGCGAGCACCAGUACAUCUUCGAACCCGUGUGUGCCUCUGUGCUGCUCAGGAGAAACACCUCCAAGGAGCCUCUGAGGUCCCGACACACCCCGAGGAUUGAAGGCCAGGUCCAGCUGGAGCCCAUGUCCUUAAGCAUCUCACAGGUCCAGUACCAGCAGAUCAUGACUUUCCUUAAAGAGCUCGACCGCAGAGAGAGAGAAAUGCUUUACAGGAAGUGGAAACCCAAAGUGCCAGUUUCUGGGAACUGCCGGCAGUGGUGGAUAUUUGCCAUCCAGGCCAACCUGAGUGAGAUCAGGGAGCAGCGGCGGCGAGGCAGCUGGGAGUUUGCUCUGCAGAGAGCACGAGACGCCCAGACCUACACCAGCCUCUACUUCCAGAAGCUCAAAGGAGUCCCACUGAAUCCUCAGGAAGAGAACGAGCUGGAUCGAGUGGAAGAAGAGCAGACGUUAGAGGAGCUGCAGAGUCUCCGAGAAGUCGUCCAUGACUGGUUUCGAAAGCAGAACGAGAUUGCAGAGAGUGUACGGGAGCCCAACAACGACACAGAGUCCUCUUCACCGACCUCGUCUCUUCCAAAGAGCAGGAGCUCGGGGAUGAUCCAGUACCUGCAGUCCUGGUUUCCAGGCUGGGGAGGCUGGUACGGAGAUUCCCAGGAUCAAGUCAUGCCUGAAGAACUCCUGCCAAGUCCGUCCUCCUGGGAUAUUUUAGCAGAGACAGAGGACUUGUUCGACCCGUUGGAGGACUCUCACACUCUGAACACCGUCACCAGGCGAGAUCAUCUGUUUGCCCGGCUGGAGUUCUUGCUGGAGAAAGGCAGCGUCACACUCAUCCACCAGAACAGGAAGGGCCACACACUACAUGAGAAUGGGGUCAUUCAGCUCGAGUUCUCAGUGGUGAAGGUGAUAGUAGAGUCUCUCCCUCGCUCUGAGUCGUCCUUGCUCUCUGUGAAGCUGGGAAGUUUGUUCCUCAGAGACUUGACGACUCAGGACUCCAUCUUCCCAGUUCUGGUGUCUCCCAAAACGGACAAAGUUGUUGUUGCUGUCAGUCAGUCUUCAGGCCAGUCUGGAUCCGGUGCAGACUGCUUGCCAUCCCCAGUGUUUGAAAUGAUCUAUGAGCGUAACCCUACAAGGUGUAAGUUUGAAAGAAGACUGGAAGUAAACACUAGUCCGCUGAACAUCAUCUACAACCCACAAGCAAUAAGAAAAGUGACAGAGUUCUUCUAUAAAGGGAAAGUUCACACUUCUGGUUUUGGCUACCAGUCAGAGCUGGAGCUGCGAGUCGCGGAGGCUGCCAGGAGGCAGUAUAACAAGCUAAAGUUGCAGACCAAGGCAGAGAUACGACAAACCAUUGAUCAGCUACUUGUGGGAGAGUUUAUUGAAAACAGUAAGCGUUGGACUGUGAAAUUGGACAUCUGUGCACCCCAGGUGAUUUUCCCAGAUGACUUCCAGUCAGGGGAUCCUAUGUUAGUUGUUGUUGAUUUAGGCAGGAUACUUCUGACGAACUCUCAAGAUGACACUACGACAAACUCGAAAGCUACUCCGCCAGAAAGGGACGACAUGAGUGAUGAGGAGUACCAGACUCCUCUUGCUACGCCGCCAGAGUCUCCACCGCCUGAACUCCUGAGCUUGCCUUUAAAAGACCAGUUCAAAAGCCCUGAACUUCCCAGCCUCCGAUCCCCGGAAGGCAUUCAGGCCUACAGCAGAAAGCUUUAUGAAAAAUACUCCUUAUCAUUCAAGGAUCUGCAGAUAAUGGUUGGCCGCUAUAAGGACAACUGGAAACAUCUUCAAGAGAGCGAGGUCGGGCCGACACACGUGGUGGAGAAGUUUAAUGUGCUGCUGCAGCUUGAACAGAGGCUACGCUACACGUCAGACCCUCAACUCCCUGGGGCUGUGCUUUCAGGAACCCUGCCAGACCUCAAGGUCCACAUAAACCUUGAAAAGAUGACUGCUCUCAGGAGUUGUCUGGCUCGGUUAAGCAGUCCAGCCAUGAGUGAAGGAGAUCAAAGCCAGACGGGCAGUCCAAAUAUGAGGCCUUCCGAUCCUCUUACCCUGCGCCAUGACAAGAUAUUUCAGAGGGAGGACAGCUCCUGGAAGCUGCAGGGAUCGGCCAAGAACCUGACUCAGAGCGUGAUGACAUUAGAGCAGCACACGCGGGAAGUUCUGGUGGAAUCUCGUCUGCUGUUAGCCGAGUUCAACAUUAACUACAUGCAGCUUGGUGUAGAGAGCGACGGCCGCUACAUAUCUGUUCUCAAAGUGUUUGGCACAAAUGCUCAUUUUGUCAAGCGGCCUUACGAUGCCGAAGUCUCUCUGACUGUCCACGGGCUUCUGCUGGUGGACACCUUGCAGACUUAUGGUUCGGACUUUGACCUCCUCGUGGCGUCUCAUAAGCAUCUGAGCUUCGACAUACCCACUGGCAGUCUCAGAGAAAGCCAGCCAUCGUCUCCUUUGUCAUCCGACGGCAGGUCUCCCGAACAUCACGGCAGCCACACUGAGUCAUCCGCUGGUUUUCCAAUGGAUAGAUUCCCCCCGGUCAAUUCCUUUUUCAAAGACCAGGAAGCCCUAAUUAAGCUUGAGUACCAAUUUGUCAGCUCAGACUGCCCCUCGAUGAACCUAGACAGCUCGCUUCAAGUUGUAAGUAUGCAGGUCAAUAACCUGGACAUCAUUCUCAAUCCUGAGACUAUGGUGGAGCUACUCAAGUUCCUGCAGAAGUCUUUCCCUAAAGAAGAAAACACUUGGACACCUGUUCAACAACAUACAAUCCAUCCUUACAGUGAGGAAGAAGACAGGACGUAUCAGGCCACCUAUGCACAAAACAAAGAACUGACUGUGGAGAUCCACCGUCUAAACCUGCUCCUCCUUCGGACCGUGUCCACCGGUACUGUCUUGGGUGCUGAAAAGAAAGGGUUGAAGAUUGCCACUGCCAGCAUUACUGACACCAAGGUCAAUGUGUCCAUGUGCGAUCGGUGGGACAUCAAUGGUUCCCUCGGAUCCAUGCAGUUGGUGGACCUGACCCAGGACGGAGGCCGAAGCCAGUUUGUGGUCAGCAUUGGCAGCGUAGAGGACAGCUCCACAGGUCUUCCUGCAUACUUUUCCGAACCGGGAGGCUCUUCCUCAGAAGCUUUAAAUUUUCGCGUCAUGGAGAAAUCCCAGGGGGAAUGUUCCUUGGUGCUUAAAAUGGCUUCUCUGCACUACAACCACUCAGCCAAGUUUCUGAAGGAGCUGAGUCUUUCGGCCAAUGAGGUCGAAGACAAUUUCCGCUCCAUGUUGAAGAGCGCUGCCUCCAAAGUGUCGACAGUUCUGGUCACCAAAACGGCAGAGUACAGUGGUAUGGUUUCCCUCUUUGACACACCUCUGCGAAGAACUCGAACUUUGAGCCAGAAUUGGACUUAUCCAUAUGAAGAAGAGGAGGAUGUUCCCACGGAGGACCCUGAAUCCGCCUUAGACACAUUCUUUGUAAAGCUGACCCUGAAUAUCCACAUCGAGUCACCUGUUGUGUCCAUUCCCCGUAAACCUGGACACCCUGAGCUUUUGGUUGGUCACCUGGGAAGCAUCGCAAUACAGAACUUUGUCACUGGACAGGACUCAGAAGGAGAGAGGUUGCAGGUGUUGGUGAAGGAUAUACGACUGUAUUCUCUCAACUUGGGCCAUAUGGUGUCAAGGCGAGCCCCCACAGAGGAUAACCCUGGCAACACAUCACCAUCCCGCAAUGGGAGUGUCAGUCAAGAUGAGCCACAGUUCACACGUCAUGACUUCUUUGAAUCCGUCAACCGUGGAAAAGCCUUCCAUAUAUUGAAAGACACGACGAUACAGUUCACCCUGGAGAAAGUUCCCGUCGACGAAGACGCCCAUUUUACUUUUCUCGCCGUAGAGGAGCCGUGCAAGAGCACCGGGCUGCUGAAAAUUGAGGGAAAAUUUGUCAACACUGUUCAGGUGAACCUGUGCAAACCUGUGUAUGAACAAGUCCUCCAGACACUGGACAAUUUGUUCCUGAUCGAAGAGCAGCGUGUCACACCCAGCCGACCGCCCACUCCCCCGCCGCCGACUCCUUCUUCCACCAGGCCCCACCGGUUUCCUGACCUCCAGGGGGGGCUGUUCGCCAGAAACCCUCCAAACAUCAGCUUCUCCCACUCCUCGCUCUCUUCUUCUUUGCCUCUGCAGUCUCCUAAACCUGCUUUUGACUCACCUACGUUCACUCAGCUAAUAGUCACACUACAUGUGGCGGAGUUACAGGUCCAGCUCAGUGCUGACCUGACCCAGGGCUCCCAGGGUCUAGUUUGUUUGCGUUUUCAAGAUCUGGAGGGAGACUUCACCAAAAAUCAUCCUCACUUACUGACGGUCCAGCUGGCUCUGCGCUCACUACUAAUGGAAGACCUCCUGGAGCAGAACCCCGAGUCCCAGUACAAGCAUUUGAUGGUGUCUCGCGGAGCUCCCAAGCCUUCCACCUUCAGUCCAAAGGAGUACCUUUCCCAAAGCUGUCCAUCAGCUUCUAAUGCACUGUACCCGGACAUGCCCCGCUCACUUCCUGCCCACAUGGAGGAGGCCCAGAACGUCUUCCAGCUCUACCAGAGGCACCCCAGCACCCCUUCAUCCAGCAGUCGCAAAACCAAGAGGGGCCCGAAUUGCCCCAGUACUCCACCUCCUUCUCCUACCCACCACACAUCCUCCACUCUACCGCCCCCAGACUUUGACGACUCCUUAGUUCAUAUCAACGUCCUGCUGGUGGACCAGAACCACCCAGAAUUCAAAACGCGCUAUGGUGGCGUGGGGCGAAGUGUGGACGUCGACUUCAACUGCCUGGACGUUGUGAUCACUCUGCAGACCUGGGUGGUUAUUCUGGACUUCUUUGGUAUUGGCUCCACAGCCAAUAAUCAUGCAGUGAAGGUGCCUAUGUCACCACCACAUGUGCCGGGACAUAUUCUCUAUGAACCAGACGGCAAUGAGGAGGAGGAGGAGGAGGAGGAGGCAGCAGAGCCAGUUAACAUGAAAGUAGACCUAAAGGUUCAUUCUUUAUCUCUUAUACUGAACAAGAAACUCAAUGAACUUGCCAGAGCUAGCGUGUCCAAACUAUCUGCUCAUCUGGAAAUGCUUGACGGGGACCUGGCUUUACAAGGCAGUUUAGGAAGUUUAUCCCUAAGUGACCUGACGCCGCAUGGAGACCUCUACAGAGAGCGCUUCACCACACAAGGAGAAGAGGCCCUUAUUUUCAACAUUCUCAAAUACGGCAAGGUUCAUCCUGACGUGGAGCGGGAGUGUGACAUCAAGGUGUCUCUGCAGAUGUCCUCAGUGCAGUAUGUCCACACCCAGCGCUUCCAGGCGGAGGUGGUAGCUUUUAUUCAACACUUCACCCAGCUACAGGAUGUCCUCGGCAGGCAGAGGGCUGCAAUGGAGGGUCAGGCUGUGCGAGAUCAUCCUCAGAGAGCAUCCAGGGUUUUGCUGGAUAUUGAGGCCGGCGCUCCAGUUAUUGUCAUCCCAGAGAGCUCCCAUUCACGAAGGGUCAUUGUGGCGAACCUCGGUCGGCUGAGGGUGCAGAACUGCUUCCUGCCAGCGGGGGCGCAUGGGACCUUUUCCCUCCAAGACAAGGAGCAUCUCCGUACUGCAGCAGGGAGGAGUAGUGAGCAGGAGAAGCCUAGACCCUCGGCCGGCAGCACCACCUCAUCCACUGGGUUUACCCUUGGUAGGCCACAAGCUGCAGAAACAAGGAAGACCCAUGAGGAGGACGGUCCUCAAAGCUUGGAAGAUCACGUGUGCCUGCUGGACUGCAUUGCCCUAGACUUGCAGGAAAUGGACAUCUUUGCUGCAGAGCACCUGCAGCGUCAGUCCUGGGACAGCGGUGGCAAACCCACCGAAUCCUCAGACCUCAUCUUUCCUUCGUACUCGGUCCGUCGCACUGGAGACAACCUGCUGAAAGACUGCUGCCGCCUUAAACUGAAAGUGGAACGCAACCUUGACAAGGAGCUGAGCCAUGCGGUACCCGACAUGUCCAUCCACGGCAGCCUGUCGUCGGUGCACUGCUCCCUGGACAUGGAGCACUACCAGCUGAUCAGGGGGCUUCUGGAGAAGAACCUGGGGGAACCUGUUGAAGAGUUCCUGCGACCUUACAACCUGCAGGACCCUAGCACCCAUACGGUGUUGAGCGGAGAUGUCUACAUGAACUUGUCGUUCCUGGUGGACAUGAUGGAUGUCAGUCUGGAGCUCCUGGAGAGCCCUAAGCCCACAGAAUGCAAACGAUCAUUAGCAAGGUUCGACUUCAUGAAAUCCAAGCUGCUCUUUGAGAGUUUCUCCAAUGGCUCCAAGUCUGUCAACCUGGUGUCCCACUCCCUGCUGGCGUACGACACUCGAUACAACGAGAACGAUGCGUCAAGUAGAGCUUCUGGUCGAGAUGACGGCUCGAGGCGCAACGUGUUUCACUGCAUCCUGCAGCCUUCCAAAACGGGCACUAACCGGGCGUCCUUACAGCUGGAACUGCAUUAUCGAUCCACGCGGGACUCCUCCUGCUUCACGGUAGUCCUCAACAACCUCAGGGUCUUCCUCAUCUUCGACUGGCUGCAGCUGGUGCGAGACUUCCUGCGGUUGCCGGCUGAGAAAGCGUCGAGCGUCGCCAAGCCUCGUCAGCGCUGGCCCAGCAACAGUAGCUCGGAGUCGGGCGCCCCCGGGGCCGUUAUGCCCAAGACGGUCAAGAGUGGGGUUGUCACCAAGAGGUCCACGGUGCCGGUCACCCAGGACCGAUAUCUGGAGGUCAAGAUCAACGUCACAGGUACCGAGUUUGUUGUGGUGGAGGACUCCUCCUGUCUGGAUACCAAUGCCAUCAUUCUGAAAGGCACCACCGUCCUCACAUACAAACCUCGUUUAGUGGACAGACCCUUCUCUGGCAGCCUGGCAGGAAUAGAGGUGUUCUCCUGCCGGCUGGGCAGUGAGCAAGAGACGGCGCUUUCCAUCAUUGACCCAGUCAAUGUUCAGGUUGAGCUGUGUGGGAGUCCCACGUAUCAAAGCAGCUCCGGUCUGUUGGAUGCCUUCAAUGUAGAGGACAUCCCACCACUGCUGGAGAUUCAGUUUCCUGCUUUGGACAUCCGUCUGUCUUACAACGACAUUCAGCUCUUCUUGGCCAUUGCUAGGUCCAUACCCACUACCAGCGCUCCACUGCCUCCUGACUCUGAAAUCACCCCUGCUGCACCCAAAGACAGCUUCAGGAAGAAGACUGAGGCUCUAAUAGAGGGCCAGCUAACCCAUUUACAAGAUCUUGGUUUCAGGAAGGACGACUGCAAGAGAGCCCUGCGCCACUGUAAAGGUCAGCUGGACCAGGCUGCCACUUGGCUCCUGGAGAACGCUGAGAACAUAGCGGGACAUCCCAGAGCCAGGGCUGACUCCGGUAGCAGCAGCCAUUCAGCGCCUCUGUCAGGGGUGGAGGUCAAGGCUGAGAGCAUCUGCAUCUGCUUCAUCGACGACUGCAUGGACUGUGACAUACCACUGGCUGAGUUCACCUUCUCCAGGCUUUACGUGCUGCAGCGCAUCGGUUCCACCCAAGAAGGUAACGCCAGCUUCACUCUGGCCGGAGACUACUACAACAGGGAGUUGUCAGGCUGGGAGCCCUUCAUCGAGCCCUGGCCCUGCUUCCUCUCGUGGCAGCAGCAGGCCGCCGGUCGUGUCCACCCUCCACGUCUCAAGAUGGCGAUUCGAGCCAAGCAGAGGCUGGAUGUCAACAUCACUUCUGUCCUGCUGGACCAAUACAACACCACUAAGAGCUCCUGGAUAGCAGACUACUGUAACAAGGAGGAACCUGCCCCCCAGUCUUCGCUCAGCCUGCCCUGGAUCGGCUCCUCCGUGGACCCUCCCAGCUUUGGACAGAGUGCAUCUCUUGCUCACCUUAGAACUAGGAGCACAGCCAGCUUGACCUGCCUCGAGCAGCAGAUUCACUCCAGAGACGUCAAACUGUCCAAGAGGAGGCAGCCAUUCGUCCCGUACGCUCUGCGGAACCACACGGGCUGCACCAUGUGGUUCGCCACUCUGACCACGACCCCCACGAGGGUGGCGCUGUCUCACAGCAGCAGCGCAGACUCCAUCUCGGACGUCCACGGUCCAGGAACCGACGACACCCACAACGUCAGUCAGUGGAGGGAGGUGCAGCCCGGAGAGGAGAUUCCUUUUGAGUUCGAGGCCCGCGAGAAAUUACGUCACCGACACACUCACGAGCUGAAGCUGCACCAGUUGCUGGUGAGAGUGUGUGGAUGGGAACAAGUCAAACCCGUGUCCGUGGACAAAGUCGGCGUUUUCUUCCGUUACGCAGCUCCAGACAGAAAGAACUCGUCCAACACCGUUGGGAGCCCUAUUAGCAGGACCAACAUCAUCCACCCACAUGUUUAUUUCUCGGCCCUGCCUCCUGUCAGAGUCGUUUUCUCCAUCACGAUGGAGGGCAGCGCCAGGAAGGUCAUCACUGUCCGCUCCGCCCUCAUGGUGAAGAACCGGCUGGAUGUUCCCAUGGAGAUCAGGCUCGACAGUCCCUCGGCUCCCGACAAACCGGUGGUGUUGCCUCCCAUCCUGCCGGGCCAGGCCCUGGCCGUCCCCCUCCACCUGACAUCCUGGCGUCUACAGGCUCGGCCCAAAGGUCUGGGCUCGUUCUUCUGUAAGGUUCCCAUCCACUGGACCAGCGUGGAGAGGCCCGGAGAGGUCAGCAGCACCAAGAGGGAGUGUCAGUCGGCGGAUUUUGAUGACAACCAGAAGCGCAACUUCAGGUUUUGUGUGGUCAUCAAAAAGGAGAACUACCCGGACCAGCAACCCGCCAAGACGCAAGCCGCCAACAGUGCGAAGCAGAUCUAUCGCCAGCCAGGCCACUCCAUCUACCUGCUGCCCACCAUGGUGCUGGCCAACCUGCUGCCUUGUGACCUCAGCUUCUACAUCAAGGGAACGUCCAUCAGAGGCACAUUGAAGCCGGGGAAAGAGGCCGUGCUUCACACCGCCGACACUUCCCAGAACAUGGAGCUAGGAGUCCUUCUGGAGAACUUCCCCGUGUGCAAAGAGCUGCUGAUUCCUCCCGGGACUCAGAACUACGUGGUUCGCAUGAGGCUGUACGACACCAACAAGCGUCUCUUCUGCCUCACCAUUCGCAUCAUCCUGCGGGCGCAAGGGGCCCUGAAGAUCCUGAUUUCUGCCCCCUACUGGCUCACGAACAAGACUGGUCUGCCGUUAAUUUUCCGUCAAGAUAACGGCAAGGUUGACGCAGCGGGGCAGUUUGAAGAGCACGAGUUGGCCCGAAGCCUCAGUCCAUUGCUGUUUUGCUACACUGACAAGGAGCAGCCUGCAAUGUGCACGAUGCGGAUCGGAAAAGGCAUCCACCCAGAGGGAGUUCCAGGCUGGUGCCAAGGCUUCUCUCUGGAUGGAGGUAGCGGAGUGAGGGCGGUGAAAGUGAUCCAGCACGGGAACAGGCCCGGCCUCAUCUACAACAUAGGUAUUAGCGUGCGCAAAGGAAAGGGACGCUACAGGGACACUCACAUCGUGACCUUUGCACCCCGCUACCUGCUGGACAACCGCUCUAAACAAAGACUGGCCUUCGCCCAGAGGGAGUUUGCAAGAGGAAAAGGCACGUCCAACCCUGAGGGCUACAUCUCCACCCUGCCGGGCUCCAGCGUCGUCUUCCACUGGCCUCGAAACGACUACGACCAGCUGCUGUGUGUGCGCCUCAUGGACAACCCCACCUGCACCUGGUCUGGAGGCUUCGAGGUGAACAAACCCAAGUCCUUUCAUGUAAACAUGAGGGACACACUGGGGAACUGCUUCUUCCUGCGAACUGAGAUCACCCUGAAGGGAGCCACCUACCAGAUCUCCUUCACCGACACGGACCAGCUGCCUCCACCUUUCCGCAUCGACAACAUCUCUGAGGUGCCUAUCCAGAUCUGGCAGCACGGCGUGGCUGAUAUCCGGCUACACACCGAGGUGAAGGCGAGCUCGGUGCUGGACUACGCCUGCGAUGAGCCCACGCUGCCGCCCUACAUCACUCUCACCGUGAAGGGGGCAGGAUCCUCCGAGGUCACCGCCGACAUGAACUUCUUCAGAGAAUACAACAAACUCUACUACGAAAACUUCAUCUACAUCGCAGCCACGCACACCUUCUCAACGAAUGUGGAGAGGAGACCUGGGGGGAAAAAGCUGCUGAGCUGUGCUGAGCUAGUUCUCGACGUGGACACAAAGACUCUCAGAGUCAUCUUGAAGAAAAAGGAGCCGGGGAAGCGCUCUCAGCUGUGGAGGAUGACUGGGACUGGGAUGCUUUGUCACGAAGGCUCCUCCCCACCACAGAGCAAACCGACCCAGCCUCGCCCACUGGACUCCUCUCUGGUCCUGGACAUCGCGGGGCUUGCAGCUGUUAGCGACAACAGCUUUGAACCACUGAUGCUGAGGAGACCGGACUCUCGCCGCAGCACCACCCAGACGUGGUAUUUCAGCGCGGGCAUGCUGACCUGUGGACUACCCCGGCUGGUAGUACAGGUAAAGGGUGGUGUGACAGGCCUCUACGAUGGAGCCGAGGUGGUGCUGGGCCCAGAUUCAGGGCUGCAGGAGCCUGGACCUGAGCAGCAGUUCAUUAACCAGAAGAUGAGACCUGGCUCCGGCGUGUUGUCAGUCCAGGUUCUACCAGAUGGACCAACGCGUGUCCUGCAGAUCAGCGACUUCAGUCAGAGGAGGAUGAUCAGGACGUCCCCCAGCUGUGAACAGGACAAGAGCAAAGAGGACGUGAAGAAGAAGGACCCAGAGCAGGAGCUGGAGGUGUUGGUGAACUUGGAGGAAGGUCUGGGUGUAUCUCUGGUCAACAAGGUUCCCGAGGAGUUGGUUUUCACUACUCUGUCUGGCAUAGACGUUCACUUCACCCGCACAGCUGCCAAUGAAGUGUUGGAGCUUAGCAUUCAGAACAUCCAGGUGGACAACCAGCUGCUGGGAACCACCCAACCCGUGAUGCUGUGUGUAACUCCAAGCUCGAUUGACAGCGGUGUCAGUGAAGGAGGCCCGGCCCUGCAGAUCAACUCGGUCAAGGUCCCCAGCAGCCUCAUGCUCACUGAUCUCUUCAAGCAUCUCAUGGUCACGGCUCAGCGCUUCACCGUCAUCAUCGAGGAGAAGCUCUUGCUCAAGCUGCUCAGCUUUUUUGGAUAUGGACAAUCAGAAGCUGAGUUGGAGAAGUUGGAUGAAAACGUCCACGAGAAGCCCAGCGAGGACACGGGACAUCCCAAACGUUACUACUUUGAGAACUUGAAGAUCAGCCUUCCUCAGGUCAAACUGAGCGUCUUCACCUCUAACAAGCUGCCUCCAGAUCUCAAGGCUCUGAAAGGCACCCUGGGCUUUCCUCUGAUUCGCUUCGAAGACGCCGUCAUCAACAUGUACCCGUUCACCAGGGUGCACCCCUACGAGACCCAGGAAAUCAUCAUCAACGACAUCCUCAAGCACUUCAGAGAGGAGCUCAUCAGCCAGGCAGCUCAGAUCCUGGGCUCUGUGGACUUCUUGGGGAAUCCGAUGGGCCUCCUUAACGAUGUCUCCGAGGGUGUUUCUGAACUCAUCAAGUAUGGCAACGUGAGCGGCCUCAUACGCAACGUCACCCACGGGGUGUCCAACUCUGCCGCCAAGUUUGCAGGCACCUUAUCGGACGGGCUGGGGAAGACCAUGGACAACCGGCACCAGAGUGAGCGGGAGUACAUCAGAUACCACGGAGCUACAAGUGGAGAGCACCUGGUGGCAGGGAUUCAUGGACUAGCUCAUGGUAUCAUUGGAGGCAUGACGAGCAUCAUCACUUCGACUGUGGAGGGGGUAAAGACAGAGGGUGGAGUCAGCGGCUUCUUCUCGGGCCUCGGUAAAGGUCUUGUCGGCACUGUGACCAAACCGGUGGCUGGAGCCCUGGAUUUUGCCUCGGAGACGGCCCAGACAGUCCGGGACAUGGCCAGUCUCAGCAACCACAGGCUCAGUGUGCAGCAUGUCAGGAAGCCUCGCUGCUGUAAGGGACCUCAGGGCCUCCUCCCUCGAUACUCGUCCACACAGGCGGACGGUCAGGAGCAGCUCUUCCACCUCACUGACAACAUCAACUCUGAGUUCUUCAUUGCUGUGGAGCCCAUCGACAGCUACUGCGUCCUCAUCUCGUCCAAAGCCGUGUACUUCCUGAAGCCGGGGGACUACGUGGACCGCGAGGCCAUCUUCCUGGAGGUGAAGUACGACGACCUCUACCACUGCCUGGUCUCUAAGGAUCACGGGAAGGUGUAUGUGCAGCUCACCAAGAAGGCUGAGAACUCCAGCAGUGGCGUAGCCAUUCCUGGCCCCUCCCACCAGAAACCCAUGGUCCAUGUGAAGAGCGAGAGCCUCGCCGUCAAGAUCUCUCAAGAAGUCAACUACGCCAAGAGUCUGUACUACGAGCAGCAGCUCAUGUUGCCCUCCGGCGAGGACGAGGACUGUCUCCUGCUCGAAUCCUGAUGACGGCUCUUUUUUUUUUCUUUUUUUUUUUAAAAAAAGCGCCGCCUGUAGGACUUUUUUCUUAAAGCUUGAGAGGACACUUGUUUUCAUUUCUUAGGCCACUGGUUUUUAUUGCAUUUGACAAACUGCCGCGGGUGGAUUUACUGAGUUGCGUCCGUGCACUCGGUUCAGACACAUAACAAAACACACAUUUACUGACUUUAAACACUUUCUGCAGCGCAGCGAUCGUUUUGACUGCGUCGCUGUGGAAGGAGCUGCUAACACACUGGUUCUCUGUGGCUGUGUGGACGCUCACUCACGGUAAACACAGCCACAGAGCUUCUAUAUAUUCUUGUGAAUAGACAGAAAUGUAAAUAGAGCUACAUACCAAGAUGAUAAAUAAAACAGUGUAAAUACUGUAUUAAUUAUGAAGUAUGGAGGGAAAAAAAAAAACACCUGAAGCUUAUGUUGUGAACUGUGACACACUGAAUAUACAGCUCCCAUUUUGUGUAUAGGAGACUAUUAGAUGUAAUGGGGGGUGAAUGAAUUGCACUGACGGGGGAGGGGGAGGGACCUGCAGCCCCCUCCCCCACUCACAAACUGAAGCUGCCGGUCUAUGUCUACUCUGCCUUUUACAAUCACAGACUUCCAGACUUGACGUGUCUUUUAUUUAACAGAUCCUUUGUAAUCAGCUCACCUCUCUUUCUUAGAAAUCAGUGUUGUCUAACAAAGUUUAAACUCUGAACACAACAUGCUGAAGAGUUGCCUAUCGAUUGGUUUGUUUGUGGUGGGUUUGAGUUGCGUGUUAGAGGAGUUAAACGUGUCGGAGGGAGGUGGUGGACUCGCUCUACGAUUCGGGUAAUAUUGACGUGGACAAUGCUUCAAAUAAAGCACCAGACUGCAGCAGUGACAGUGUGGGACUUUUAUUUCCAAACUUUGUGUUGGAUGAGUUUUUUUCUUUUCUUUCUGAUAUUAAUAUGGAGGCGGCUGUGUACUAAUAUUAAUCCCUGUGUGGUGGUGAGGUGUGAGGACCUUUGUGUAUUUAAGGCGAGACACGGCAGUAAAAACUAAUUUUUCA